UCCUAUUGGACGGCCCAACCACCGGCGCCACGGUCCGCCCAAUCAAAAAAGACCACUACAAACCCGAGGAGUAAAUAAAUAGGCGGGUUGCAGCGCUAGCCUGCCAUCAUUUCUCCGCGUGCUUUGCAGAGAAAGGAACCUGAGCGACGAUGUCUGGACGCGGCAAGCAAGGGGGCAAAACCCGGGCGAAGGCCAAGACUCGUUCUUCCCGCGCCGGGCUGCAGUUCCCGGUGGGCCGCGUGCAUCGGCUGCUCCGGAAGGGCAACUACGCGGAGCGUGUGGGCGCCGGCGCUCCCGUCUACCUGGCCGCCGUGCUGGAGUACCUGACGGCCGAGAUCUUGGAGCUGGCGGGCAACGCGGCAAGGGACAACAAGAAGACCCGCAUCAUCCCGCGUCACUUGCAGCUGGCCAUCCGCAACGACGAGGAACUGAACAAGCUGCUCGGACGGGUCACCAUCGCCCAGGGCGGCGUCUUGCCCAACAUCCAGGCUGUCCUUCUGCCCAAGAAGACCGAGAGCCACAAAGCCAAGGCGAAAUAAUUUCCAUCUUCUCAGAAGCCCACGAAUCCGAUCCCAUCGCAAAGGCUCUUUUAAGAGCCACCCACAACCUCACAGAAAAAGCUGAUUUCUUCCAACUUAAGUUUCUGAAGUCAAAUAUUGGGCAAAGCAAUUAAUUGGGCUAACUAGGGUGAUGGAAAAUCGGAGGUGUUGCCUCUAAAAAAAAAGACGCCAAAUUGGAUCUGGGGCUAAAUAGGUUUGUUUCUGAAUCAGAAUUGGUGUUUAAUACUAACAAAAGUAGUAAAACUAAUGAUUUGGCCAAGGG